CUGUGGGGCUUUUAAAAAAGAGCCACGCGCCUCGCGUCCUCGAUGCGGAUCGGGCUAUGACAGCCUCCGUGCUCCUCCAUCCCCGCUGGAUCGAGCCCGUCAUGUUCCUCUACGACAACAGCAGCCUGGAGGAGAUCAACAAGAACAUGGAAGCCGGCUUCCACGCGGCGGUGGCGGCGGCGGCGGCGGCGGCGGGCGGGGGCUCCAACUUGGUGGCCGCCAACCAGUGCCGCAACCUGAUGGGCCCCGGCCCGGCCGCCUACUCCUCCCCCAGCGAGGCGCCCUCGGCGGUCAUGGCCGAGCCCGGCCCGGCUGUCAAGCAGUGCAGCCCCUGCUCCGCCGCCGUGCAGAGCCCCCCGGGCCCCGCCGCCCUGCCCUACGGCUACUUCGGCAGCGGCUACUUCCCCUGCGGCAUGAACCACCACCCGCACAACGCGCCCCCGCCGCCGCCGCCCCCGCCGCCGCUCAAGUCCUGCGCCCAGCCCGCCGCCGCCGCCUUCGCCGACAAGUACAUGGACACCUCCGCCGCCGCCGCCGCCGGGGAGGACUUCAGCUCCCGCGCCAAGGAGUUCGCCUUCUACCAGGGCUACCCGGCCGGGCCCUACCACCAGCCCGUGCCCGGCUACCUGGAUAUGCCCGUGGUGCCCGGCCUGGGCGGGCGCGGAGAGCCCCGGCACGACUCCAUGCUCAUGGAGGGCUACCACCAGCCCUGGGCCAUCGCCAACGGCUGGAACGGGCAGGUCUACUGCCCCAAGGAGCAGAACCAGCCGCCCCACCUCUGGAAGUCGACUCUCCCCGACGUGGUUUCCCAUCCUUCCGAUGCCAACUCCUACCGACGUGGGAGAAAGAAACGCGUGCCUUACACCAAGGUCCAGUUAAAAGAACUCGAAAGGGAAUACGCUACAAAUAAAUUCAUUACCAAGGACAAGCGGAGAAGGAUAUCAGCCACUACAAAUCUCUCAGAGAGGCAAGUCACAAUCUGGUUCCAAAACAGAAGGGUUAAAGAAAAAAAAGUCAUCAACAAAUUGAAGACGACCAGUUAAUGGAUUAAGUGGAAAUGCAGCUGCUCGGAGGCCUGAAAACUCUCUUUUUUGGUCCAGAAUCAAAUAAUAAUAAUAAUAGUAAUUAUAAUAAUAAUAAUUAAAAAGACAAGACGAUGAACUUCUUCUUUCGCAAGAACUCUGUGUCUCUGGGGAAAUGGCUUUUGAAUAAGUAUGGGUCAUAGAAUUGCUGUUGAGACUUGACAGUUCGCCCUGAUACCCACAAGAGACCAUUGUAAUGGCUCCAAAUGCCCAAAGCAGAGAUAUUUCAGUUUCAGAUUUGAAAGAAAAAUAUACUUUUUUUGGUUGAAAAGCGUGUAAGUAUGACUAUGACUUUUCUAGGACACUAUUUAGGACUAAAAUUUGAUUUUUUUUUUCAAAAAAUGCAAGUGUGCAUAUAUAUGUGCAUAAUUCAAUUCCAUAAAUUGCUGUCAAAAAAAAAAGCAUGCGGAAUGGUUGCUCAGGUGAACAUAGUGCAGGAAAAGUACAAUUACUGUAUUAUGUUAAAGCAAUGUAUUCUAUGUUUUCUUUCUUUCUUUUUUCGAGGAAGGUACUGAAUAAGCAUUACAAACACAGCAAUAUGAGUAUAACUCUGAGGAGAACUCAUCUUGGAUAAAAAUUUAAAGCAACACAAACUAUUGGGGGGACAUAUACCAAAAACAGAGGGAGGGGCCUUUCUUGAAAAUAUCUUUAAUUUUUUUCAGUAUUUCAUAUUUUUGAUACAAAAACUCAGUGGGGAUAAUGUGUAUUUCAGAAAUUUGGAAAGAGUUGCUCCAGCUUGUCAAUUUUAGUGAUGUUAAGCAAUUAUAAAAUGGUGUAAAUCCCACAAAUUCUUAUUUUAAUCCAUGUGCGCCUCCAAUAAAGAGAAGCACAUGAAUGUUGGGAAGAAUGCUCCCUUUUCUGUGAGAAACAUUCUCAAAGAACCCCAUCAAAUAUAUUUCGCUUCCCAGAGAUAGUUUGAUUUCUAUAUUUUAUAUUUUGAUCUAUGAGUAAUUAGUCCUUUUUUCUUCUUGGUUUUACAGUUAUGAGACUGGGUAGAAAGUGUAGGAAUCCAUUUCACAGCACUUUCCCCCCAAAACCAGAUCAGUUAUUUCAACCAGCACACUACUUUUUUCCUAUACACCAUAAGAUGCUAUCUUGUAAAUAUAAUACAGUAAUAAUAAUAAAAAAAAUCAGCGCACUGUGAAAAUGUAUUUGUGCACCCUCCUUUUUAUAUAUAUUUUUACUGAAAAUGGAAAUUUAAGUGCUGUAGAUAGAUGCUAGAGUUCAAAUUGUUAAUAAAACAGUCACUGUGAUAAAA